AUGAGUUCAGUUAAUGAAGAUAAUAAAAUGGAACUUGAAUUAAAGGAUGAGGAUGUAGCUGAUGUUGAAAAGGAUGUAAUAACUGACAAUGUUGAAAAUGAUAAUGUGAAUGAUGAAAAUGCAGGAAAUGUAGAUAGUGUGGAAGGUGUUGAAGAGGUUCAUGUUGAAGAGAAUGACAAAGAUGAAAAUGAUGUUGUUAUAGAAGAUGAUGUUAAAGAAGAUGAUGUAAAAGAAGAUGAUGUAAAAGAAGAUGAUGUUAAAGAAAAUGAUGUAAAAGAAGAUGAUGGUCAGGAUGAUAAUAAUAAAAACGAAGAAAAUAAAAGUAGCAAUCGUUGGGCUGAUAUGUGUGAAGAUUGUGAUGCUCCAUUAGUGGAUACAUACAAUGACAAUAACGAUAUGAAGAGCAAAGUUGUUGAUAACAAUUUUAAUAACAACGAUAUGAAUAAUAAUAUGAAGCAAAAUUAUUAUAUGGCUCCAAAAAAUGAUAUGAAUAAUUAUGCCACGUGCUACGAAAUAUAUAUACGCAAUUUACACAUUGAUAUCACAAAAGAAGAAAUAUAUAACUUGUUUGACGGGUAUCGAAUAAAAAGAAUUAAUAUAUUAAACAAGAAAGGUAAGACAGCUGCUGCAUAUGUUGAGUUCGAUAAUAUGGAAGAUAUGAACAGAUCUUUAGAGUUGAAUGCGAAGAUGAUAUAUUCUGGAAAUAAUUCUUUUGAACAUGGUACUAUAUCAGUAAUAAUAAAUAAAGACAAAAUGAAGAAUUUCCAUGUAAAUCAGAAGCAAAAUAAAUUCAAGAAAAUGAUUAAUAGAAAUAAUAAUAAUUUUGGUAGUAUUCGUCAAAGUAAUAAUAACAUGAAUAAUAUUAUGAAUAAUUAUAACGGCAACAAUAACAACAACAAUAAUAACAACAAUAAUAAUAAUAACAAUAAUAAUAACAUUAAUAAUAACAAUAAUAAUAACAACCAUAUGAACAACAACAACAAUAAUAAUAAUAUGUAUAACCAUAUGAAUAAUAAUAAUAAUAAUAAUAAUAAUCCGUUUUAUAAUGAUAAUAAUAAAAACAUGAAAAUGGAUAUGAUGAAAAAUGUAGGAAAUACAAUGAAUAAUAAUAUGAAUCAAAAUUUUAACUAUAACAAUAUGAAAGGAAGUUAUAUAAAUAACAAUCAACAAGUAGGAGGUUCAAACAUACAUAUGAAUCACCAACAAAAUAAUAAUAAUAUGUUAAAUGAUAAAAUGAAUAAUAAUACUUUUAAUUUUAAAAACCACAAUUAUGUAAAUAAUAAUCAUAUGAAUAAACAAAGUAUUGCUGAUAAUAAUAAUAAUAAUAAUAAUGCUCAAAGCGGAACUGAACAAAGGAAAAAAUUAAUUCUGAAAAAAAGAUCCGUGCCACUAGACCAAAAAAGUUAUGUUGUCAAUCCAAAUAUUUUUGGAGAAGCCAAACCUGUUGAUAUUGACCCAGAAAAAAUAUUAAAUGAAAGUACUACAAAGGAAAAGGACAUAAACAGCCCAAAUGACAGCAACAACAACAACAACAACAACAACAACAACAAUAAUAAUAAUAAUAAUAAUAAUAAUAAAAAUAAUAGUGAUGAUGAUGCUGAAAAGAAAAAUGAAAAUAUGGAAGAUGUAGAAAGGAAAAAAGAACAACAAGAUGGCACAGAUAAAUAUAAAAAAUUAAGCCAUCUAAGUAAUAAUAAUAAUAUGAACGAAUUUAAUAAGGACAACAAAAAUAAUAAUAUGUCUAAUAACAAAAAUGUCUUCAACUACAAAAAAAAUAACAACACUAAUAGGAACUUUAAUUAUAAUAAUAAUUUUACAAACAAUUCAAAAAAUAAUAAUAAUAAUAACAAUAAUAACAAUAACAAUAAUAAUAAUAAUACGAAGAAAAUAUUUAUGAUGAAUAAAAAUAAUGCAAAUAAUAAUAUGAAAAAGAAUAUGAACAAUUUAGAUAGUAAUAAUAUGUCAGGAAAUAAAAACCUAACAAAUCUAAAUCAUUCAGGUAAUGUGAACAAUAAUAAUAUGAUUAAUGAUGUGAAUAAUAAAAAGAUGAAUAAUAUGAAUAAUAAAAAUUUUAAUAAAAAUAUAGAUAAUAAUAUAACUAGAGAUUUUUCAAAUUUAAAAAAUAAUAACCUAGAUGAAAAUAAAAAAAAUAUUAAUGUUAGUGUUAUACAUAGCCACAUAUAUGAAAAUAAUAAUAAGGUAUAUGGUUCAAAUCAAGAUGAAGAUAAUUCAACAAAUAAUAAUAUGAAUAAUAAUUAUGUAAAUAAUGAAGUAGCAAAUAGUAGUAAUGUCAAAGGAAAAUUUAGUAACUUUAGAAAUUCACAUGGUAGUAUGGAUAAGAAAAAUAUAGAUCAUAAUAAUAAUAAUAACACAUCAUAUCAGAAGAAAGAAUUAAAUAUAAUAAAAAAAGAUGAUAAAGCUAAUAUUAAAAAUAUUAUUAUGAAAAAUAUUAAAAGAGAAGAUAAUAAUAGUAAUAAUAGUUCAUACAAUGCUGGUGCUAAUUUGUCAAGCUCAAGUCACUUCCGUAAUGAUAGUUCAUCAAAUAUCAGAGGUCAAAAAAUGAAUGAUAAGAAAAAUACAGAAAAUGAUUUAUUAAAUAAUGAUAAUAGAGAUAGUUCUAAAAAUAUGGAUGACGAACAAGGAUAUGACCAUAUGAAUAGAAAUAUGAAUUCAAAAGGAAAUACAGAUAGAUAUAACAACAAUAAUAAUAAUAGUAGUAAUACUAACUCAUAUAAUUAUAAUAUGGAAAAUCUUUAUGAUAACUCAUUGAAAUAUGUAAAGAAUGCAAACAACUUAAACAAAACCAAAAAAAUAACUGCAGUAAAAACAGUUAAGGUUAUAGCUACAGAAAAAAAAUAUGAUGAUGAAAAUGGAGAUGAAGAUAAUAAAGAUGAUAUUAAUAGUAAUAACAUAAAUGGAGAAACAGGAAAUGAAAAACAUUCCAAAGAAGAUAAAUACCAUGAUGAUAAAAAAUUAGAUAAUUCAAAUGAAUCUAUAAAGAGUAAUGAUAAUUAUACUUAUGAAUCAGAUGUCUCAGAUAAUAAUAAUAGUAUAGAUAAUAAUAAUAAUAAUAAAGAUAUAACAAGUACUAACCUUAAAUCUACUUUAUUGCAAUCAAAAACAAAGAGGAGAGUUAAGAAAAAAACAACAGACGAAACAGAAAAUAAUAAUGUAGAAAAUAAUGAAGCCAACGGCGAUAAUAAUGCAAAUGCUGCACAAGGAAAAAGUCAAAAAAUUGAUAUUCUCAUCAAGCCAAAUUUAAAGAAAGGUGAAAAUAUAUGGGAAGCUAGAACUCAUCUAUUGGUUGAACAAAAAGAAAAUGCUGUAUCAAAUGAUAAGGCAUCACAUUAUAGUUCUAGAAGAAGUAGGUCCCAUUCUAAUAAAGUAAGCAGAGGUAGUAGUCGAAGAAGAGAAGGAAGUAGUAGAAGAAGAGAUAGUAGUAGAAGACGUGACAGUAGUCGUCGAAGAGAUCGUUAUAGUAGACGAUAUGAAAGAAGGUCCGAACGAAAAGAUGAUAGUAGAAGAGAAGAAAGAAGAGGAGGUGAUAGCAGAAGAGAUAGUAGUAGAAGAGACAGUAGUAGAAGAAAUGACAGAAGAGAUGAAAGUAGAAGAGAUGAAAGUAGAAGAGAUGAAAGUAGAAGAGAUGAAAGUAGAAGAGAUGAAAGUAGACGAGAUGAAAGUAGAAGAGAUGAAAGUAGACGCGAUGAAAGUAGAAGAGACGAAAGUAGACGUGAUGAUAGAAAAGAUGAUCAUGCUGAUAGUGUUACAACAAAAAAAGAUGAUUAUAAAAGAAGAGGAACAGAUGAUAGUAAAAAAGAGGAUAAUAAUAGAGGAGGAAGUUCAUAUGAUUAUAAUAGUAGAAAACAUAGAACAUAUGAUAAACAUAGUAGCAGUAGAAAUAAUUAUGAUAGAAAAAGAAAUAGUAGAUAUAGUGUAUCAGAUAAAAAAAAUUAUGAUAAUAAAAGUUAUAUAUCAGAUGAUAAAAGAAAACAUAGAGAUUCAUAUGAUAAAAGUUUUAGAAAUUCACAUGAUAGAUUAAGUUAUAAAGAUAAUUAUGAAAAAAAUAAGGAUAUGAUUUAUGAAAGAAAUAGUUAUAUAGAUUAUGAUAAAAUUGAUAAUAAAUAUUUUUCAAAUAAUUAUAAUUCCUUAAGACAUAAUAAAAAUUAUAAACAUCAUGGUUCUCACUCCAAAAUUAAUAACUAUAAUUAUUCAAAUAAUUAUAAAUCAUCAAAUUAUUAUAAAUAUUCAUCCAAAGGUAGUUUUUAUAAAGAUACUAAAACUUCAUCCAAACAAAAUGAUAAAGAUAAACAAGAAUCAAAAACAGAAAUGCAAACCAUUCCAAAGAAAGCUAUUGUAACAGCUGUUAAAACAAAUAAUGUUUCUAUAAAAAAAAAUAGAUACGAGUGUUUAGGAGAUGCUGAUGAGAGCGACAAAUGA